AUGUCUCAAUUCAACGAAACUGAUAAAUUAGCUGUCAACACUUUAAGAUUGUUGUCUGCCGAAUUACCAUCUGCUGCCAACUCUGGUCACCCAGGUGCUCCAUUGGGUAUGUCCCCAGCUGCUCACGUUCUAUGGACUAGAUUCUUGAGAGCUAACCCAAAGAAUGCUGACUGGAUCAACAGAGACAGAUUCGUUUUAUCUAAUGGUCACGCCGUCGCUAUGUUAUACUCAUUGUUACACUUAGCUGGUUACGAUUACUCUAUUGAAGAUUUAAAACAAUUCAGACAAUUAGGUUCUAAGACUCCAGGUCACCCAGAAUAUGAAUUAGAAGGUGUUGAAGUUACUACUGGUCCAUUGGGUCAAGGUGUCUCUAAUGCUGUCGGUUUAGCUAUCGCUCAAGCUAACUUAGCUGCUACAUACAACAAGCCAGGUUUCACUUUAUCUGACAACUACACUUACACUUUCUUAGGUGAUGGUUGUUUACAAGAAGGUGUUUCCUCUGAAGCUUGUUCUUUAGCCGGUCACUUGGAAUUGGGUAACUUGAUUGCCAUUUACGAUGACAACAAGAUCACCAUUGAUGGUAACACUAAGGUCUCCUUCACUGAAGAUGUCUUAAAGAGAUAUGAAGCUUACGGCUGGGAAAUCUUAAAAGUUGACAACGGUGAUGAAGAUUUAGAUGCUAUCUACAACGCUAUCUUACAAGCUAAGAAGUCUAACAAGCCAACCAUUAUUCAAAACAGAACCACUAUCGGUUACGGUUCUUUGAAGGCUGGUAGCCACGAUGUUCACGGUUCUCCAUUAUCUGCCGAUGACAUGGCUCAAAUGAAGGUUAAAUUCGGUUUCGACCCAAACACUCACUUCGCUGUUCCACAAGAAGUUUACGAUUUAUACCAACAACGUUUGACCACCCCAGGUAUGGAAGCUAACAAGCAAUGGGAUGCUUUGUUUGCCGAAUACCAAAAGAAAUUCCCAGAAUUAGGUUCCGAAUUAGCCAGAAGAUUGAAGUGUGAAUUACCAGCUAACUGGGACUCUUUCUUGCCAACUUACACUCCAAAGGACUCUGCUUUGGCUACCAGAAAAUUAUCUGAAAUGUGUUUGCAAAGUAUUCACAACGCUUUACCAGAAAUGGUUGGUGGUUCUGCUGAUUUGACCCCAUCUAACUUGACCAGAUGGAAGGAAGCUGUUGAUUUCCAACCUCCAUCUUCUGGUUUAGGUGACUACUCUGGUAAGUACAUCAGAUACGGUAUCAGAGAACACGCUAUGGGUGCUAUCUUAAACGGUAUUGCUGCUUUCGGUGCUAACUACAGACCAUACUCUGGUACUUUCUUGAACUUCGUUGCUUACGCUGCUGGUGCCGUCAGAUUAUCUGCCUUAUCUGGUCACCCAAUCACCUGGGUUGCUACUCACGACUCUAUCGGUGUUGGUGAGGAUGGUCCAACCCAUCAACCUAUCGAAACUUUGGCUCACUUCAGAGCUAUGCCAAACUUGCACGUCUGGAGACCAGCUGAUGGUAAUGAAGUUUCUGCUGCUUACAAAUGUGCUAUGGAAUCUCAACAUUCUCCAAACAUGCUUGCUUUGACCAGACAAAACUUGCCACACUUGGCCGGUUCUUCCAUCGAAAAGGCUUUGAAGGGUGGUUACGUUAUUGAAGAUGUUGCUAACCCAGAUAUCAUCUUCGUUGCUACUGGUUCCGAAGUUUCCUUGUCCAUUGACGCUGCUAAGAUCUUGGCUGCUCAAAACAUCAAGUCUCGUAUCGUUUCCAUGCCAGAUUUCUUGUCUUUCGACAGACAACCAGAAGAAUACAGAAAGUCUGUCUUGCCAGAUGGUGUUCCAAUCUUGUCCGUUGAAGUUUUGACAACUUUCGGUUGGGGUAAAUACUCUCAUCAACACAUUGGUUUGGAUAGAUUCGGUGCCUCUGGUAAGGCUCCAGAAGUUUUCAAAUACUUCGGUUUCUCUCCUGAUGUUGUUGCUGACAAGGCUAUGAAGACUGUCGCAUUCUACAAGGGUAAGGAAGUCGUCUCCCCUCUAUCUAAGCCAUUUUAA